CGGCAGGCUCGCUCGAGCCAGGACGCCGUCUGGGAUAUUGGGGUUCCUGCUUGGAGACAGCCUCCAGGACCUGGAGGUUGAAGUCCACAGACUUGGACUGCAGGCUGCUCGUCCACCCACCAGCUAUCAUUACUAACCACUGUGAACCUCAGUCUCUUCCUUUGCAAACUGUAAGCAAUCCCUUUGCAAGGGAUCACCGUGAGGAUCAAGUGAGAUGACAUCGCCAACUUUUUGAACUAUUCUCCUUAAUAACACCAAUACAAGAAAAGACUACAAUGUUGACCUCAGUCAAAAUUCUGUUGAUUUCAAAUUUGUUUAGUUUACUAUUAAUUGGAAGCCACGGGAAAGAAAUUCUAAAAAAAACCACAACACAAAGCAUUGCAGCAGGUUUAAAAACAAUGGAAAAUGAAUCUGUUCCUUUGGAAAGUGAUACAAAUUCAAACUCAGAUAAAGAAAAUAAAGAAACCUCCAAUCCCAAGGCAAGUAAUUCCUCUCUUUGGGAUCCAUCAGAUAAACACCAUGGAACAACAGAAGUCUUCAACAAUGCAUCAACAAACAACUUUUCUGGGAAUCUAAGACCCACGCCUAUGUUUCCCACAGACCCUCCUCUGAUCCAUAGCUUUGUUUCUAAAUUGCCUCGGAACUCGUCGAUAGCAGAUGAAAAUCCUCCUCCAGUCUCAGCACCUCCCAAUGCUACAUCUGCUAUGUCUUCAGAAAAGUCCACUUGGCCUUCAGCCAGUGAUACCAUGAAAACUCCUGACAACAGUUCCAUUUCAGUUAGCAUCCUCCCUGCAGCACCAAACACCAUGACUGUGACCCCCAUGGUAACAGAACCAGAUGAGUGGCUCACCACAUCCAAUGAUAGCUUCAUAGGGUUCACCCCCUACCGAGAAACAACAACUCUACAGCCCACCUUAAAGUUUACCAAUAAUUCAAAAAUCUUCUCAAACACAUCAGACCCCCAAGAAGAGAAUAAAAAUACAGGAGUAGUAUUUGGGGCCAUUUUAGGUGCUAUACUGGGUGCUUCAUUGCUUAGUCUUGUUGGCUACUUGCUGUGUGGAAAGAGGAAAACGGAUUCAUUUUCCCAUCGGCGACUUUAUGAUGACAGAAACGAACCAGUUCUGCGAUUAGACAAUGCACCAGAACCUUAUGACGCGAGUUUUGGGAAUUCUAGUUAUUACAACUCAACUGUGAAUGAUUCAUCUGUGCCAGCAGGCCAAGAAAACGCACGUGACGGCAUUCCUAUGGAUGACAUACCUCAACUUCGUACCUCGGUAUAGAACUAAGGGGAAAAAGGCUUCUGACGGCAAACGAUCGCCUACAUCCUAGGCUUUUCACAAACCCAUCUUCCAAAAGCUGAAGCAAGAUCACUGUCAUGUGGCUGUGCCAAGGAGAACUAUAAAAGUAUGAGACUUAGUAGCAGACACGUAGAGGAUAAAUCAUCUAAAAGGUUUCCUUUCUUACUGUUUUUGGCUGCGCUGAAUCAUCUAUCGAGUAACCUCAAUUUGUAUUUUGGUCUCUUUUAUUCUUAGUGGGAAAUGUUUGUGGGAUUCAGGUGAAACUAAAAGGCUUCACGGUGAUUGCCCUGCCUGAUGACUUAAUUAACCCUGUUGUCCUAAUUGCACCAAGAUUGGCAUUCUCUUGAGGGAAAACUGGAACAGUAAUCUUUAAAAAAAUUUUUUUUGACUUAAACAAGA